AUGCGGUUUCUCGCUUUUGUAGGCGUUUGCCUACCGCUCAUUUCAGGCUCGCCAGUUGACACCUCGCGCUCAGGUCUAUUCCCCCGUAUUGUCACCGGCAUUGAGAAGCCUUCUUGUGGUGUGUUAGGCUAUAAGCCAGACCCUUUUCUUACCAGAACUCGAAAAUGCCGUUUGGUCGAUUGUCGGGAGCUUUGCUCUGUCAUUACUGGCUGUCAGAGCUACGCGGAGAGCAACGCCAGAUGUCUUCUGUUCUCCUCUUCUGUGGCAGAAGGAUCCCAACAAGACUCGACGUCUCCUUAUAUACUUUAUGACCUUGGUUGUUCUAUGACCACGUCUUCGACCACUGAGACUCUGCCCGAAGCCACAAUCAGCGCACGUACUGGGUUGUCCACCUCAGGCACAGAGGCCGCUACAACUUCAAAUGCGCAGCCCUCGUCAACGGCAGCUACUUUUACUACAGAACUCAGUACAGGAUUAGCCUUUUCAUCGAGUUCUCUCUCUAGUGAGCCGAUCACCGCGACCACCACUGGUCUCACUACAGAUGAAGUGAGUGCAAGUGUUUCAGUGUCCAGCGAUGCUACCUCAACAGCAAUUAUUCCCGGCUCGAAUACCGAAACGACUCCGACAGGGGAUACAACAACCACAACAGCAGGCGAACCUACCACUACCGGCUCGAGUACACCUACCGUCUAUGUCAUUCGAUUGGUGAAUCCAGAUGAGUCUACCUUUGGCUACGUCUCCUCUGCCGUGGACCACAAUCGUAAAUAUGGCUCUAAGGAAGACGCUUUGGAGAUUCAGAUAUCUCCACCCGAGCCAGGUGCCACUUCUCAGAUAGAAAUCGUUCAUGCUGAGUUAUUCGGUGGCCUCACACGCUUAUGUGCCGUUCAGAGUACUCAUAACACAAACCCCGACUUGGGGCCAGACUCGUCUUUCUACAACUACCUUUCUACAUGUACUCCUAGCCCUCCCGGUAGUCCGCCAGCCAAUGUUUAUCACGCUUGGACCAACUGGGCUGAACUGAAUCGAUAUACGUUGGCAGCUGAAUCAGCUAUUUGGAACAUCGACCCCGUCACUCUUGAGGUCACUGCUUCUUGGAUAAAUACCGACGGAUCCACUCCUCCUAUCACCCUAUUUAUAUCUGAAUCUUCCAACUGGAUUGGUAUGACUGGGAGCUUGUCUGCAACGCAGGCUGCCUUUCCAAGCCAACCAUAUAGACGCAUCAAGUUGGCUCUUGAGCUGAUUUCGUAA